GAGCGCGUAAAUCGGUUGACAAGACGGUACAAUUGAAUAAAACAGCUUGAAGUCCGCAAACUGAGUCGUUCAACACGCUUUCAACCAUCUUCUUGUAGAGUACACCAGUUGGGUAUAUGAGCCACAUAGAAGAUUGACGAAACGAAGAAGGUUACGGAUUUCUUCGUUUUUGCUUUAAAAGCAAACCAUUGAAUGGCCAACAACAUGAACAAAUUUAAAAUGUGUUUCAGGAAAAACAAUUGUCCUCAUGCCUUCAAUUUGUUGUCGCAUAUGGCGUUUAUCCGCUUUUAGAAACCGGAGUUUCAUUGCCCUUAAGUAUGCGUUUGGAAAAUUAUGAAAAGUUCAUCUGUCCUCGGAAGGAAAAAGAUGAAGAAAGAAUUGAAAAACUGAUGAAGAUUAUCAAGUGUUUGCUUUCCUUGAGAGAGUCUAAAUCUUUUCAGUUACAACGAUUAGUCAGCACCACUUCAUUUCUGGGUGAUUUAAUUGCAAGUUUAUUUCAAUCUGCUUUCGGAAUGGAUUCAUAUUUACGAAGUAAUGAUUUCACUUCGGAAAGAGUUUCUUCGUUAAUGGCAUACAUUCGUGAAUCUCAAAAAAUUCUUUGGAAACUGUUGCUUGAGCUACCACGUCACAUUGCAAUGAAAGAAUUAAUGAUUCUUCAAGGUGGUACACAAAUUCGUGUUAAGGGAGCUGUUCAGUUACCCAAAGCACCAAUCUGGUUACGUAAAUCUUGUGGUCGUUUACUAUCCCGUUUGUUGGUCCAUCCAGUUGUUAUAAAUAAUACGAACGUUGAAAAAUCUGAAAAUGCCCACAAUUUAGGUGUUAGAAGCUUGUUACUAGCUUCUCUGUCUCUUUGUCCUGGGAUAUUACCUUCGACUGGUCCGAUCACUUCGAUUGAUCCACGUAUUCAACCAAAAAUGAUUUCAACAUUGGCGAAUAUUUUGACAACAAUCCCCGAAUUUCUUCAUAAUUCCUCGGAUGAUUUGGCCAGUAGAUCAAGUUAUGAAAAAUAUUUUUCAUUAGUUUCUGUUCAGUUGUUAGAAAUAAUCAAUGCCAAGAAUAAUACCACGCCGAAUACUCAAACGGAUUCAUUAGCUGUUGCUCAUUUCUUUUAUAAUGUUGCCAUUAAAUCGGUUCAUGAUUUAUGCCAGAAAUCUUCUGAAAUUAAUGGUAAUGAUGAUAAUAUUGGUAAAAAAUUAUUACUUUGGCCAUUGAUUGGGUUAUUAAGAAAAUUUUGUCAGAUAUCUUCAGUUGUCUCAGAAAAAGAGUUAGUAAAGGAUAACUCCUUGGCAUUUGAUUUUACCACGAAAUGUCAACUUGCCUCACAUCAUGAUCUAGCUCGGCUACUAGAAAUUAUAAAAGAUCUGUUGGAUUGUCCUGAGCCAUCUCAAAUUGUUAUAACAGAAUUAUGUAAAUUGUCUAGACCAUUAUUUAUAUUGUUCGCACAAACAAUUGAAGAUGAAGAUAACGUUAAUGAUUCAGAAAGCUUUACUUCACUCAAAGAAUGCUUAAUCUGGAUUCUUAAUCGUCUGUUAUCUUCCGAUUUGAAUUCCCGUUUCAAUCGUUUGUCAUUAAUACGUAGUUGGUUUAAUCUACCUGCUCCAUCCUUGAAAUUUAUGCCAUCAGAACUACAACAUGAAGUGUCAAUUAUGAGUAGCACUACUGAUUGGCUUUCAGCUUAUUCAUGUCAAGAAAAUCUAAUGUUUAGAUUAUUAUCCAAAGUUCAACCUAUGGAAUCUUCAUCCACAUCUCUGGAUGAAAUUACAAUGAGAAAACAUAAUUCAGUCUAUGUACCAUAUACUUGUGUCAUAAUAAACGAGAAAUUACCUACUGUUAAUGGGAUACAGAAUUUCUCUUCCAGUAUCAAAAGUCUUGUCACAUUGCUAUUUUUUAUGAGUCCAUCUUCAUUUCAAAAUAAUUCUUCUAAUAAACAAGUUGGACAUCAUUUGCAUAUUCUGAUAGAUGAAAAACAAAGUGAGAAAAAUCAAAUUAAUGAGAUCACUACUCAUGCAGAUCUUUUUCUGAGUUUAUUGACAGAUUUACAUUACACUUUCCAAGCCAUUUUUGAAUCAAUGAAUGAAGCUCUUAUACCACAGAAUGAAAAAGACAUUAUUGAGAUUGGAACUGUUUCUUCAUUGAUUACUUCUGCUAUGAUUGAAAGUUUAGAUGAUUUAAUUUGGCCUCAAGAUAUCAAUCAAGCUUGUAAUUUAUUUGAGGCAUUGUUCCAUCGUUUCUGUUGUUUACUUCAACAUGCUGAAAAUCAUGAACAUGUGGAGUUUUUAUAUCAAAUGUUAAGUCAAUUGCUAGGGAUCUUAGCCUUUUAUGCUAAUAAACUUGGGUCUACUAGAGAUAAUGAAAUAAUAACUGCUCGAGAUGAAUUCAGUCGUUUAUUGCCAAUUUUAAAUAAGUUGGAACUUGUUAUCAACUCUAUAUCACACUCAAUGGGCAAUUCAACUUUAAAUCUUCUAAAAUGCAUUAAAGUUACAUUAGCCACACGUGGAGCUAUUCUUUGUCAUGAUUCUUUUUCAACUACGUCUGUAAAUAAUUUGUAUUUUACCAAAUGUAAUUUUGACAAAGCAAAAGCUGAAACCCAUCAAUCAGAAUGUCCUCCAAAAAUUAUCGAAGAAGUUACUAUCUCCAACCCCCAGAAUGUGCAGCAAUCUGUUUGCAGUCAGCUAGAGGAUCCAACUUUGAAAAAGAUUUUCGAAGAAUUACAUGAUCCUUUGAUUCCUGUCCAAGGUCAUGCAUUGAUUGUACUUAGUCGAUUGUUGGAAUCCAGAGAUUCAUGUAUUUGGGGCCAUGAAAAACUCAUAUUUGAAGUUUUAACUAAAUAUUUGUCACAUACAGAUAGUUAUAUUUAUUUGAAUGCGAUUCGAUGCCUAUCAGCUAUGGGCUGUAUAUUAACGGACAAAGUAUUAAAUCUACUGUUAAAUCAAUUCACUAAGUGUAUGCAGACUACCAAUAAACCAGCAAAUCCUAUUGGUAUCACUGUCACUAGUACUGCUGGCGAUUAUGAUAUUGAAUAUAAAUUGAAAUUAGCUGAAUCUAUAAUGCGUGUUUUGUCGAAUUUAGGUGAAAUGGCACCAAAGUAUCGAACAGAGGUGUUUAACUCUUUUGUCAUGGGAUCCAAGUCAUCUGAAGAGUUAAUACGAGCAGCUUGUCUUUCAAAUAUUGCUGAGCUUGUUCGAUUGUUAAAAUAUUCUGUUCAACCAAUCAUUUAUGAGGUGAGUGAGUGGUUUCUAUCUUAUUAUCUCUGAUAAUCAGCUUAUCAUGAAUCGAAAUAUUUUUGCUAGUCAAUGAUUUGAGUGAUUUUAAAACUGCAUAUUCAGUCAUAUAAUAUUACUUGUAAUUAGGUGAAACAAGAACUUCAUAAAUUGUGCAUUGAGUGAUCAGUAUUUUAAGUGAAUACAGAUGGAUAUUUAAGCGAAAGUUUUAAAAGUAUUACUUCUUCGAUGUGGCGAAUACCUCUAUCUAUUCAUAAGUAAGUAGUGUAUCGAUAGCACAAUCCCCAUAGAAUUUCGACUUCAAAUUAUUUUUGCUUCUCGUCGUUUGGUGUCAUACCAACCUACCAUGCGAAUAGAUCAACAUUUACACCAUAACUGUUAUCUCAUCUAUGACAUCCUCAUUAAUAUUCGUACUCUUCUCAUAAAAUGUCCUUUGUUUAUUCUAAAACAGUUCGUCGCUCUGUGGUGAAAAUUCGAAUGUAAGUAGGUUUUUCCGAUCUCUAAGAAGGUAAUUGUAAUCACCAGCCUAACAUAAAUUAAAUGAACCAUAAGUUUAUGUACACCUGUUUCGCUCUUACACGGCCUCAGAAAUCAGAUGAACAUGAUUUUCAGAUCUCACAACAAUUAUGAUACUAUCAACUGUAUAAUUAAUUUCCUGUAAUGUAACUUUGAUUCAAUAUCCUAAUUCGGAUUUAUAGUGGCAAAUCUCCUCAUUGGAACACUCAACUUGAUGAAAGUUCUUGAUAUUUUAUCACAGACUGUUUUCAAUAAGUUUGACAUUUUAAAAAGUUGUUAUUAUUACUCUUGAGAUAUUUUAUAAUUAUUUUAUUGAGAAAUGAAGGCGUUUCGGUGAUAUCGUUUUCUUGAGUUGUAUAGUCGUAUUUCUAAGUAACUUUUUACAUAUUGUGAUCCAUAAUAAAAUAGAGAAAUAUUGCAAAAUUAUCAGUAUGGGAACUUGUGGAGGUCGUAGUAUUUUAACAAUUGAAUUUACGAGUCGAUCGAAGCUAGACUACCAUAGAAAACCUGGAAGCACUGGACGGUCGUUCCAUCCUAGUAUGGGGCUCCUCAGUAGUUCACAUCCACGAUCCCGCACUCGGGACUCGAACCCAUGAUCCUCACUCUCGCGCGAACGCCCAACCUCUAGACUACUGACCCGGCAUCAAACGCUGUUAUUGUCUAACUUCAGCUGUUAAAAUAUUACAGAAUGGACAUAGAUACCUAGAUGUGUUUAGGGAUCGAGUGUAAAAGUUUAUAAAAAUUAAGUGUUCCUGCAUAAUUUAGUGUAGUCAAAGAUUACAAAAUGAUGUAAAGUAUUGAGUAGAAUAGUUUUUAGAUGAAAGGGUUAUUUCGAAGUAAUUAAAGGUACUGAAGGUUUCCGAGUAUUGAAUGAAAUGGAGGCUGAAUCAUUUAAAAAAGUGAUCAAAGGUUACGAAAAAAUGAAGUUAUGUAACGGUGUCAUAUGUAUUAGUAAAUAAUAAUCUAUAUAAUAAAUGAAAAAGACAGCUGCCCAUAUUGUAAAGAAAUUGACUAAUAAGAUAAUAAUUAAUGUUUAUAAUUUGUAAAACUAGGAGGGAAGCUAUGACCAUGAAAAAACAAGGGAUUAAACUUAACUCUUUUGUACAAAGAGGUUUGAUUCGAAAUGACAAAUUGUUAUAUAGUUUCAGCUGUGCACAAAUUCCUAGUCCAAAUCUCUUUCGAGCUAGUUCUUUUAACUAUGUUGAUAAUCUUGAACCACAAUUCUCGUGGUGGCAUAUGGCCGGAGUUAAUCAUAUGUUCAAGGAUUGAACUGCUGAUUUGUUUGCAUUCUCAUUCAGAAAGCCAUUAAAGUUAGCGUUUUAUCUUAGUUUUUCUGGUCAAAAAUCAUCUGCACUAGCCACGAACCUGCUUCUCUUCUUUGUUUUGAGUAGACAAGAAUAAUAAUGAUGUUUAAACGUGAUUUUUGCUUAUUCACUUUUUCUAUUCCUCUACUUUAGCUUUAUGUAUAAAUGAAAUGAGUAACCAUAAUUGCUGACGGUUGUCACAUGAAUACGUUGAAUGUUUAUUCAGAUAAGAAAUACUAAAUGUUUUUUACAGUUUCUCCUAGUUUUUUUUCUAUUAUUUCUAUUUUAUUCUGUCCUUACAGAUUUUGUUGUUGAUCGAAUUUCAUCUAUCUCAAGAUGUAUCAAAUGUAGUUCGUAAAGCUUCAGCAUAUUUAGCACGCUCUUUAUUCUUACCAGAAACUAGUACCACCGAAUUACCCCCAUGGAUUCCAUCUGAUGUGAUUCGUGACCUUCAUAGGCUAUUGUCAACACGUCGAAUCAUUGAAAAGGAUACAUCUGUACAAGAACAAAUUGAAUCAGCUCUUGCUCAAAUAGAUUUAUGUACACGAAAUACUGUGUUUUUAAAACCUGAUAGUCCAUCUAAUCUUGUAAAACAAAUACAUAUUUUAAACCCAUAAAGUUAUCUCUUAC